CGUUACCAUUUGACACACUUUCUUCUAUUAUCCACUGAGAGUGGUUCUUGUAUAGUGUGCCACUGUCACUGAGUCACUCCAUUCAAGUUCUCCAUUAAUGGCUGCUUUAAGAAGCUUGUUGAGGAAAAAAGCUUUCUCAUGCAGCAAUGUCUCCCUUUUUUCCACUGAGGCUGCUGUUGAUUCCUCAUUUGCUCAAAGAAUCAGAGAUCUGCCCAAAACAUUUCCCAACACUAAAAUCAAACCAGAAGUUGCUCAACUUAUUGGAAAAACUCCCAUGGUCUAUCUUAGUAAGGUUACUGAAGGAUGUGGAGCUUAUGUUGCUGUGAAACAAGAAAUGUUUCAACCAACUUCCAGUAUCAAAGACAGACCAGCUUUGUCUAUGAUGAAUGAUGCAGAACAGAAGAAAUUAAUUACUCCUGGGAAGACAACCUUGAUAGAGCCAACAUCUGGUAAUAUGGGGAUCAGCAUGGCAUUUAUGGCAGCCAUGAAAGGAUAUAAGAUGGUUCUAACUAUGCCUUCAUACACAAGCUUGGAGAGAAGGGUGUGUAUGAGAGCAUUUGGAGCUGAUUUAAUUCUCACUGAUCCCCUCAAAGGAAUGGGUGGAACUGUUAAGAAAGCUUAUGACCUCUUGGAGAACACUCCUGAUGCUUUCAUGUUACAGCAAUUUGCAAAUCCUGCCAACACUAAGAUCCAUUUUGAGACGACAGGUCCUGAAAUAUGGGAGGAUACACUCGGUCAAGUCGACAUCUUUGUGAUGGGAAUAGGCAGUGGAGGAACUGUCACUGGAGUUGGGCAGUACCUUAAAUCCAAAAAUCCUAAUGUUAAGAUAUAUGGAGUGGAGCCUGCUGAAAGUAAUGUCCUCAACGGUGGGAAACCAGGUCCUCAUCAUAUUACUGGAAAUGGAGUUGGUUUCAAGCCAGACAUAUUGGACAUGGAUCUAAUGGAAAAAGUUCUUGAGGUUAGUAGUGAAGAUUCAGUAAAUAUGGCUCGGAGGUUGGCGUUGGAGGAGGGGCUUAUGGUGGGAAUAUCAUCAGGAGCCAACACUGUUGCUGCACUUAGACUUGCUAAAAUGCCUGAAAACAAAGGCAAACUCAUUGUGACUAUCCAUGCAAGUUUCGGGGAGCGAUAUUUGUCAUCUGUUCUGUUCCAAGAACUGAGGAAAGAAGCUGAAAAUAUGCAGCCAGUUUCAGUUGACUAGUGUUGUAGAAUGGAUUGUUUGUGUUCAAUAAAAUGUUGAAUUGUUGCUUGUUUGACAUAACUUUCUUAGGUGAAAUUACUUCUCCAGAACACUUCAUGGUUGUUAUUAAAUGGUUGUUUUUCUCCUAAUAAGAAGUUAUGUAAUAUGGCAGCAUCAA